UAUAUUGUCUUUUAAAUUGGAAUUAACUAAAUCAGAGCUUUUUUCUUUCUUUCAUUAUAUUUAUUACUUUUGCAGGGAAUCGACUUACAAAAUAACUUGUUUUAUAUGAUAUCCGUCGUUCUUCGAAGCAGAUAGAAAUUACACAUUAUAACAUCAUAAUGGCAGAAGACUUGGAUGUAGAGGCUAUGUUGGAAGCUCCAUAUAACAAAUCGAACUUUGUGGUAAUAGUCCAGCAUACUUCACCGACCUGAACAAACAGAGAGAAGUAUCCCUGUGUGAUGUUAGCGCUGUGUGCGUCCUUUGUCAGUGGUUUUGUGAAUGGAUAACACUUCCUCUUCAAAGCAUCGAUCGGACAAGUAUUCUGAUAAGCAUAAAGAAAAGGAUAGAGGAAGCAGUCGAAGACGGAGCCGCUCAAGAGAUAGGAAAAGGUCAAGGGAACGAGGUGUAUACCCAUCAAAAGACAGAGAUGAGAAAAAAGAUAGAGAACGAGAAAGAGAUAGAGAUCGAGAUAAGGAAAGAGACCGCAGAGAUCGUGAUAAGGACCGCAGCCAUAGAGAUAAGGACCGUGAUAAAGAAAGAGAACGUGAGAGAGACAGAGACAAAAGACGCAGCCGCGAUAAAGAACGCAGCCGUGAAAGAGAUCGUAGCCGUGAUAAAUCUCAUAAAAGAGAAAAGAGUAAAGAGGAAGACCCUAAAGAAUAUAGAUCUAAAUCGAGAGGUCUUGAACCAAAAUUAGAAGAUUUGCCUCCUGAAGAAAGAGAUCUUCGCACAGUAUUUUGUAUGCAAUUAUCUCAAAGAAUUAGAGCUAAAGAUCUGGAGGAAUUUUUCUCUUCUGUUGGUAAAGUUAGAGAUGUAAGACUUAUUACAUGUAACAAAACUAGAAGAUUUAAAGGGAUAGCUUACAUUGAGUUCAAAGAUGCAGAAUCUGUACCUCUGGCUUUAGGUUUAACUGGACAAAAAUUACUAGGUGUUCCCAUUAUCGUUCAACAUACACAAGCAGAAAAAAAUAGAGUAGGCAACACAUUGCCUAAUUUAGCUCCAAAAACCAGUAAUGGACCAACAAGACUAUAUGUAGGUUCCCUUCAUUUUAAUAUUACUGAAGACAUGUUAAGAGGGAUUUUUGAACCAUUUGGAAAAAUUGACCACAUACAACUUAUGACUGAUCCAGAGACGGGGAAAAGCAAAGGCUAUGGCUUCCUUACGUUUCAUCAUGCAGCUGAUGCAAAGAAAGCCAUGGAACAAUUAAAUGGUUUUGAAUUAGCUGGUAGACCCAUGAAAGUAGGUCAUGUAACUGAAAGAACAGAUGGAGGUUCGAGUACGCGUUUUGAUGCUGAUGAAUUGGAUCGAGCUGGAGUUGAUUUAGGUGCAACUGGUCGAUUACAGCUUAUGUUUAAAUUAGCAGAAGGCACAGGACUCCAGAUCCCGCCGGCAGCAGCGUCUGUGUUAAUGGGUUCUGGAUCUGCUUUAGUUGCACCUCAACCGCAAGUAGCACCACCAAUAGCAACUCAAUGUUUUAUGCUCAACAACAUGUUUGAUCCUGCUGGUGAAACAAACCCAAAUUGGGAUAUUGAGAUCAGAGAUGAUGUCAUAAGUGAAUGCAAUAAACAUGGUGGUGUGUUACACGUUUAUGUGGAUAAAGCUUCACCCCAAGGGAAUGUUUACUGCAAAUGCCCUACAAUAGCUACGGCGGUCGCAUCUGUAAACACUUUACACGGGCGAUGGUUUGCUGGCCGUGUCAUCACCGCCGCAUAUGUACCUCUCGUCAAUUAUCAUUCCCUAUUUCCGGACGCUAUGACCGCACUCACGUUAUUGUUACCAACACGACAACGAUAAUCAUUUUUUAUCAUGAUACUAGCUUACCCGUUGUGCGCAAAUCUCUUUUUGGUCUAAUACCAUCCUAGUGAAGUGAAAACCCCACUGAGGUUACUCUUACGCGCGAAAAAAUGUAUAAAUUUUAAAUUAUAAUAUAUUUUAAUUUUUUUUUUCUUAUUAUAUAAAUUAAAACACUACAAAAUAAUUUGAGUCUACACUUAUGUAUAGAAAGUUAGAAUAUCUUGAUGAGGUUUUCACUCUCACACACUGUUAUGACAACCUUUGAAUAUGUUUCCUAUUUAAUAGAAACCAAAAUGGUAAUGGUGAAUAAUGUUGAAGAGAAAUUUUGUACGAUAUGUAUUGUACCUGGAUAAAAUCAGACUGGGUUGCUAGUAAUAGUGUAGGUUACUAAUAAUGUGAAGCAUUUAUGUAUUCGGAUACACAAAUAUUGUAAGAAACCGUGUCACUGUUUAAAAAAAUACUAUUUAGUAAUAACUUGCUCUAGGUAAUAAAAUAUAUUAAAUAUA